UUCCUUCUUCUCUUUCUUUCCAUGCGCAAACGCUCCUGGACAUGACACACCAACGCGCCAAUCCGCACUGAGUCACACGUUCUCCUACCUCGCAGCCUGAAAUCAGAAACCGAGUCACCGCCGACGCAAUGGUCCUCCAUAACCCCAACAACUGGCACUGGGUCAACAAGGAUGCCUCGGCCUGGGCAAAGCAGUAUCUUGAGGAGAGCUUGACGAAAGUCGAGUCUACCGAUGGCGGUGUCACGGCAAAGAUUAGCAAGGUUGUGAGCAUGGAUGGCGACGUCGACGUUAGCCAGAGGAAGGGCAAGGUCAUCACCAUUUACGAUGUGAAGCUCGUCUUAGAAUACACCGGCACCACCUCUGAAGAGACUGAAGUCUCUGGCACCAUCACCGUUCCUGAGGUUGCCCACGAUACUGAGGAAGAUGAGUUUGUGUUCGACAUCGACAUUUACUCCGACUCCAAGGAGAAGCAGCCCGUCAAGGACCUGGUCCGUUCCAAGCUCCUGCCUCAGCUUCGCCAGGAGUUCCUCAAGCUCCCCGGAGCCUUGAUCACUGAGCACGGAAAGGACAUUCAGCAUGCUCCGGGCUCCAACCCUUCGAGCGGCUUCUCCACGCCCAAGUACCACGGCCAAGUGUCGGCUGCGAAGCCCGCUUCAAACUCGGCGAGCGUCAAGAGCGGUAACGGUAGCGUCGUUAACACCAUGACCCUUACCGACACGGCCGAGUUCCGCACCACGGCCGAGGAGGCCUACCAGACCUUUGUCGACCCCGCCCGCAUCGCCGCCUUCACCCGCGCCCCCCCCAAGGUUUUCCAGGGAGCCAUCAAGGGCGCCAAGUUCGAGUUGUUUGACGGAAAUGUCACUGGCGAGUACCUCGAGCUUGACGCUCCCAAAAAGAUUGUUCAGAGCUGGCGCCUGAAGCAGUGGCCCGAGGGUCACUUCUCCAAGCUUAGCAUCGAAUUCGACCAAAACGACGUCGAUCACGUCACACUGAUGCGUGUCAAAUGGGAAGGUGUCCCCGUCGGCGAGGAGGAGGCUACUAAGCGCAACUGGCAAGAAUACUAUGUCAACAGCAUCAAGCGCACCUUUGGUUUCGGCACCAUUUUGUAAAUGCAUGCUCCUGGCCAAGGAGAGGCGUUCAAGGCGCUCGGCGGCUGCCAAACAAGCUACCUGACAAGGAAGCUCAAUGUGUUAAAUGGCCAGCCAUAUUGGAUGAGCGGUGCGGAGGACAGCGACAUACAUCGCCAGGUUUUCAGGGUUGGCCUUACAGAUCCUGAGUGGCUGGGCGUCCGAGGUUCCAUGGGUUCAGACGCUCUAGUUACGAGCUAGAUGAGACAUGUUGAAAUGAA